CAUCUCCUAAGCUUUCACUCACUCUCAGAUCUCUCUCUCUCUCUCUCUCUCUCUCUCUCUCUCUCUCUCUCUCUCUUACCUUCUCCUUCCUCCUCCCACCAUGCCAUUAAGGUGGUGUUGGUGAGCUCCAACACCAAAAAAAAAGGGACAAAAAGAGAUAGAGAGAAAGAGAGAUAGAGAGAGAGAGAGAGAGGCACCAUUAAUGGCAUGCAAUGGAAUGGCCUCCUCCUCCUCCUCUUUCCCUCCAAACUUCAUCCUCCAAAUCCAAACACCCCAUGAAGAUGAGCACCACCACCAUCACCCUCCCAACCCCUUCAACCCACUCCUCCCCUCCAAUCUCCAGGACUUCAGAGGGAUGGUGCCGAUGAUGGGGAAGAGAUCGAUGUCGUUCCACGGGAUGGACGCGGCCGGCGGGGCGGGGGAGGACGAGCUGUCGGACGACUGCUCGCAGGCGGGGGAGAAGAAGAGGAGGCUGAACAUCGAGCAGGUGCGGACGCUGGAGAAGAACUUCGAGCUCGGGAACAAGCUGGAGCCUGAGCGGAAAAUGCAGCUGGCAAAGGCGCUCCAGCUGCAGCCCCGGCAGGUGGCCAUCUGGUUCCAGAACAGGCGGGCUCGGUGGAAGACCAAGCAGCUCGAGAAGGACUACGACGUGCUCAAGCGCCAGUUCGAGGCCAUCAAGUCCGAGAACGACGCCCUCCAAACCCAAAACAAAAAGCUCCAAGCUGAGAUUUUGUCUCUGAAAGGCAGAGAAACCUCAGAACUGAUCAACCUGAACAAAGAAACCGAAGGCUCCUGCAGCAACCGCAGCGAGAACAGCUCCGAGAUCAACUUAGACAUCUCGCGAACGUCUGCGGCGAUCGAGAGCCCCCUAAACCCUCACCAGACCCUCCCUUUCUAUCCGUCGAUGAGGCCCGCCGACAUCAACCAGCUCCUCCAGAACCCCUCGCAGCCGCCGCCGCCGCCGCCGCCGGAAAACCAAUGCCCCAAGAUCGAGCACGUGAUCGCCGACGGCAAUUUCAGCAACCUGCUGUGCAGCAUGGAGGAGCAACCACCCUUCUGGCCAUGGGCAGAUCACAACAAUUUCCAUUAGUGUGUGGCACCAUGAAUUUAAUGAGAGUAUAUUCUCUACAGUUAGACUCUAUAUCAGUCUAUGAGCUUUGCAACUCCUUUUUGAGUCUAGCCAAUGUGUAAUGAAUAGAAGAACCAAAGGGAGAGGGGGAGGGGGGGGUGGGGGAAUAAAGUGUUGGAGAGUUUAGUAGAAUUUUUACCUUAGAGAAUAUUUAAAUUUUUUGUUUUUUCAAUUAUAUUUCUGAAAAUGUGGAAUAAUAUGAUUGUAAGAUUAGGCCAA